AUGGCGUCCCCCGCUGUCCCAGGACUCUUCUUCUGCUUCGCCUGCAUGGUGCUGCUCCUCUUCGCCUCGGUGUCGCCGCCGGCGUGGAAUGCCGUCAACUUCCUCAAGGCGGGAACUGGCUCCGGCGAGACCGUCUACGGUGUCUUCGGCCAGUGUGUGAAGGGCGGAUCGUGCUCGCACCGCAAUGUGUGCUACAACCUGAACGCCCUCGGAGCUGAUGUCGUCCUCGACUCCAAGAUCCUCCACAACCUCUCGUGUACCCUCAUCCUGCACCCGAUCACCGGCGCCCUUGCGCUCCUCGCUAUGCUCAUGGGUCUGAUUGCCGUCUGCGCCGCGUCCCGCUUCGCUACCAUCCUCAUGGGUCUGCUCGCCAUCCUCGGCUCCAUCGUUGGUCUUGUCAUCUUCGUCAUCGACAUGGUUCUCUGGAACGUUCUCAAGAACCGUCUCACAAACAACAACUACGAGGCCAAGCUCGGAAACGCCAAUUGGCUCACGCUUGGUGGUGUCGUCGCUCUCCUACUCGCCGCCUGCACGUCGAUGUGCGGCGCCUGCGGCCGUUUCGCGACGGGCCGCAUGGCCGGUGAGAAGUACUAA